AAUUUUCCACUGAAGGGGGAGAUUCUUUGUAGAAGUGAACACAUAGGCAAUUGAUAAGUUGUGAAGGCACCGGGGGGAGAAAAAAAAAGCUCGCUUUUAUAAUAACGAUUCCAACAGUUGAUUUGCGUCGGUACAUGCUUCAUUGCUGCGAAAGUGGUUGAGUUGUUCGGCGUGUUGUCUACGCCAGGUGUUGGUGUUAGUGGGAGGAAAAUGCAAUCUUUUUCAUGGAGGCUUUGGCCUGGCCUGGCGCUGAUCCUCCUCCCGUCUACGCUGGCGGUGGACGAAGAGUCGUCGCUGCUGCAGGACUGGCACGACGUGUGGCUGUUCCGCUUCUUCCUCAACGUGCUGGGCUACACCACCAUCAUCAUUCCCGGCUACUUCCUCGUCACCUACUUGAAGAGGAUCAACUACCUCGAAACAGGUGUGGAUGAUCUACAAACUGGCCGAGGCAUUUGCUAUCCUGUCAUAAAGGCCUGUGUGUUUGGAAGUGAAUCGAAGACUGGUCUCCUAGACGACGCAUCCCUAGCUCCCAGAAAUGACGUGGACUCGGGCUCGUCGGCCAGACAAGCCUUCAAGUUAGUCUUUUGCGCUGCAGGACUUCAGGCGUCCUACCUGACAUGGGGUGUCCUACAGGAGAGGGUGAUGACGCGCUCGUACGGGGCUUCCACCCCCGAGGAGGAGGGCGAGCGCUUCAAGGACUCCCAGUUCCUGGUGUUCAUGAACCGCAUCCUGGCGCUGACCGUGUCCGGCCUGUGGUGUGUCCUGUUCAAGCAGCCCCGCCACGGCGCACCCAUGUACAAGUACUCGUUCGCCUCGCUCUCCAACGUCCUCAGCAGCUGGUGCCAGUACGAGGCCCUCAAGUACAUCAGCUUCCCCACCCAGGUGCUGGCCAAGGCCUCUAAAGUGAUUCCUGUCAUGCUCAUGGGAAAGAUUGUGUCGCACAAGAGCUACGAGUACUGGGAGUACCUGACGGCGGCGCUCAUCUCGCUGGGCGUCAGCAUGUUCUUGCUGACGAGCGCGACCGAUAAGCACCCGUCUACGGUCACGACGUUCAGCGGCGUGGUCAUCUUGGGUGGCUACAUUGUCUUCGACAGCUUCACGUCCAACUGGCAGGACAACCUGUUCAAGCACAAGAUGUCGUCUGUGCAGAUGAUGUUCGGCGUCAACCUCUUCUCCUGCCUCUUCACCAUGGGCUCGCUGCUGGAGCAGGGCGCCUUCUUCGACUCGCUGGCCUUCAUGAUGCGCCACUCAGAGUUCGCCUUCCACACCAUGCUGCUGUCGGUGUGCUCGGCGUGUGGCCAGCUCUUCAUCUUCUACACCAUCGCGCAGUUCGGCGCCGCCAUCUUCACCAUCAUCAUGACCCUGCGGCAGGCCAUCGCCAUCCUGCUCUCCUGCUUCCUGUACGGCCACGCCGUCACCAAGGUGGGAGGCUUUGGCAUGGCCGUGGUCUUCCUCGCUCUCUUCAUGCGUGUCUACGCCCGCAGCCGCAUGAAGGCGGGACGCAAGGCGCCACAGCCACAGGUGCAGAAGGUCUAGGAGGAGGAGUUGGAGGGAACUGGAAAAUGAACUGAAGCCACGUUUUGGUGGUGCUUUUUCUCGUCUGUCUGUGUGUCCAGUUUGACAUUUUAUGGGUUUCUACUUUAUAGGAUAGGUACAGAAAGGGAUUCUAAUGCCGUCGUCUGAGGUCAACGGGAGUUAUUAGACUAAACCAAUCAGCAGUCACAGGCGUUUAAAUUACACAGCAACCGUCGCUUGUCCGUUUUGUAUCUGAAACCCAGCUCAAAAGCAUACAACAUUGGCAUUUGAAAUGUAAACAACUGAUAAAAUGGCUGACGCCUUUGAUUUCUGCCUCCGUGAUAUGCUUCUGGAGCAGCGCUCAGAAAACAUACAUUUGACAUUUGCGGUAUAGUUUUGCCGUAAGCGCUAGGACAUGAACUCUGUACUGCAAGACUCCAGCUAUUGGUAAUGUAACAUUGCGAAUGGCACCAUAUUAAGUGGCUUAUAAGGCCUCUGAAAAGUGACUUUGACAGUGAGAGAACAUGAGAUAGUGGUGAGCAGGCCCCAAGGUCCCAUUUAUGGAUAAUCUCUGUCUAGAUACUGUACCAAUUUAGUUUAAAAACUAUGUAAUUAUUGCAUUGUUCUACUUUUUGGACAUGGCAUGAGAGAAAUGUUCGGUGAUUGUUACUAGCCAAUGAUCCGGUAAUUCUGCUAGAGAGUAUUUUAUUUGUUCUGUAUAAAGAAGCUGGUAUGUUUGAGGGCGCUUCACUUUGGGCAGUAUUCUGACUUGAGAUUUACGCACUUAACUUACAUUUUCGCAAGUCUACCAUUGACAUGAAUUAAGGAUUUACGCGAACGUCCGAGCUGUGCAAACCCAUAUCUCAAGUCAAAAUACCGCCCUUUCAGAUAAUAGAAAAAACAGUUCAUACAUCUUUAGUUGACUUGAUGUUUUGUCCCUCAUGGCUUACCAUAGUAUGUCUGAUAAGGAAUGUUACUGAUAGUGUCCCCACAGAGAGAACUAAACCCUUUUCCUCACAGCAUCACAAGAAUAAAUGCACAGCUUACCAGCAAACCAUCAAAAAGCACUUUGCAGCAA